GGCCUUGAAGGCAGCAUGGCUGAAGGCGCUACAAAGAGGAGACGCUGGGAGCUCGACCACUCUGCUAAAUGGGGGCUCUUGUGUACCUCAGCUCAGCAACAUAAUGUUUGCUGUUAAGUUAACACUGGACAGAAACCACCACCUUGCAAGCUGACAAGGCCCUCCUGCAUUUUCUUUGUCCAAUGGCAGCCCAGGGAUUCAGCCACCGAUGGAAGUCGCAUCUCCGAGAGUUCAAGCACAGCAAGAGGGGCUCGAGUUUGACUACAAAAGACAGUGAAAGAGGCAAGGCAGAGAGAAAAGCCAGAAGAGGGCCACACAAAAGUGUUACAAUGGCAGCCACCUCCAGGUAUCUGACAGACAAUCAGUAUGUGAUGCGAAAGCCUCUGUUCUCUGCCGAAGAGCACACAUCUAUCUUAAAGAAGACACAUCCACAAAACUCCACAGAGCAGAAGAAACAAUUGGAUGUUACCAGAAGAGAACAUACUGACAUGAAAUUCCUGACCAGACCAAGAAAAGCACUAAUCCCAGAGAGCUUCAACCGCUAUGACAGUGACAUCUCACCUCCCUCGAGAAAAGACCUCAGCUCACCAUUGGGUGCCUCUGAGCUCCAGACCCGGCUGUGCCUUGAAGAACUUACUUUUCGAUCACCUUUGGCUGACAGCAGAACGGCACAACAGAGCCCCUCAAACUCCAUCCUGGAAUCCCAGAGACUUAAACCUCCUCUGAGGCCACAGCUGACCUCCACAGUCUUGUAUCCUACCUACACCCCUCGCUCAGAGUAUUCCAGGUCAGGCCAGACUCAGCUUCGGCUAGGAGGGAGGGAGGGAAGGGGUGGAUGGGAGACCAAAGUAGGUUCUCUGAAAGAACAUUCAAAAGGAGGCCCUGAGUCUCCCUAUCAAGCAAACUACUGGGCCUGUGCCAUCCCUAAAGCUUUACCUCCAUCUCCAGACAGACACUCUGCAUCCUGGGAUCCAAAUAAAGAGUACCAGACCCUGCUGAACUACACUUAUCCUCUAAGACCAGGACAGGUGGUCAGUGAGCAAGACAGCUUUGAAGUCCAGACAGAAUCUUUACUCCAGACAGACCCCAACCUGCAGGACUCCGGAAUUGAAUUGAACCACUUUUGUAGCUCCACUAGCCUAUCAGGGUUGGACUUUUCUAUAAGUGGGACAAGGCACACCAGAAAAAGAAGCACUCAUAGUGCAGGUCAUAGGUCACCUGAGCUGCAGGACUUCACCAGAUCCUCAGAUGGUCCGCUCUCAAGUUCCCAUCUCUCUCUUAUGGACCCCAUGAUUAUGUCCUUGGACAGUUUGGACAGAGGUACAACAAAUUGUUACAAAAGUGAUGGUCGCUAUCGUCAGCGCCAUGUGCAGUCCUCAUCCUACUCCACCUCCACUGCUUUUAUUCGCUCCACCAGUGUUCUUUCUCAAUCUGGGUGUGUGUGUCGCGAAGUGGAUGAGGAGUUUUGGCCCCUUCCAGAGCAGCUGGAGGAGCUGCAGCUGCUGUCCAAACAGGUGAGGGAGGUGACAGCCCAGCUGAGCCGGCCGGCCACAGCGAGCUGGGAGUCUCUGGAGCCAGGCACCACCUCCAUCUUCUCCUCCACUGACCUGUCUGGGAGACAUUUGACUGAAAACAAGAAGAAUCAGGCUAAGGUCAAAGAUGACAAAGAUGAAGGGAAAAAGAGGGGCAGUGAGCAGAGGAGUGCUGCUCAGACAGCUCGCUCCAGUCUGAAGGAGGUGGAAGCUUUGGUGGAGCAGCUGUGUGGCCUCACCCUGCCUGACAGACAGAGGGUGAGCCAGGAGGACCAGGAGCAGAGCAACUCUCUGAUGCAACACAUACAGGUCUUUUGCUCACACUUGGAGCUGCUUAUCCAGCAGCUGUAUGCAGUCUCAGAGAAGAUGGAGAUAUUGGCUGCAGCCACUGGGGACACAGAUAAUGUGAAGUCAUCUCUGGCUGAGUAUCAGAGCUUUCAGAAAGAGGUGAGCAGCCAUCAGCCCCUGACCUCCUGUGUUCUGCACACCGGACAGCUUCUCCUCAGUUGCAUCAACAGUACCUCUCCACUUUUAAGAGACAGCCUGAUGCUGAUUGAGAAACAGUCUGGAGCUCUGCAGAUCCACAUGGAACACUUCUUUUCUUGCAUCCUGUCUGCAAUGGACAGCCGGACUCAGCAGAGCAGAGAGGAUAGCCCUGUGGAGGUUUAGGGUUCUACUUUGUUAACAAAUUGCAAGGCAUGUCUGAGAUAUUGAUUUAUUUGUCUUUUCUUUCUUUAAACUUAUUUCCACAACUAUGUUUUCAAAUGCAGGGGUCUUGUUUAUGAUUCACAAAAAGCACCAGUGAUUAAAAAAAAUAACAAUAAUAAUAUUCAAGACUGGUACAGGGUCUCAAAGUGCUUCCAUAACACUGUAAAGGAUUAUGUGAAUGCUCUAUUCUGUCUUCAUAUUGUUGUCUUUUUCUACUCAUUCUUAUUGUCACUAUUAUGCUUUCCAACUUAAUACAGGCCCUCAGUUUCAAUUGGAAAUAAUGCAUCUGCAUCAAAAUACAAUCCUAAACAAAAGAUACCUAAAAUGCAAUAUGAAAAACCCAAGAAUUAAAUACAAAACAUCAACAACACAGAUUUGAUGCUCAGUGUUGAAAAACUGAGUCAUGCUCAAACCCAAUUGCUGAGGCUUCAUAUAAAGCAAAGCUGAGAGAAUUGGUUUGUAACGUUUGGCUAAAGUAGCUUUAGCUAAGGCUAACAGCUAGCCUGAACUAGUCAUAAUGCAGUCAUUGCAAUGUGCCACAUGUGCUUCCAAAUGACACAUUCUAGGUGGUCCAACAAGUUUUAUGGCAAGAUAAGAGGUCAAAAAGUCAGUUAAUGGCCAUAAUUCAGCUUUGAUCAAACCAGAAGUUACUACAUUUUGGCUUUGUAGGGCAAAACAAUUGUCUGUCAUUGCUCUGAGAAGUAAGACCCUAUGAAUCAAAAAGAUUUGCUGCUCUAACAGCCAAAUACUAAUCUGAUUAUUAACGCCAAAGUCAGGAGGUUGCUUUCAGCUUUAAAAAGUCAAAUGCAUUCAUUAAAUUUACAUUUAAAACUCAAUGUACAAAGUGACAAUGUAAACUUCUUUAACAGGCAAAUUAAUAGUAUUUUAUUAUUCUGGGUGUAAACAAUAAAUUAAUUGAUAACAAAUUAAUACUUGACUUUUCUAAAGGAGUGACAAACUGAAUGUUCAACGGGUCUUUAAGUACAACUGCCUUUCACAUUCCAGUCUAGUUUGUAUGACACUUUUUUGAAGAGACGAAAGACAAAUGAUCACUUCAGAGAUCUUUUAACAUCUUAGGACAAAAUAAGGUUGAAGAAGAAAUAAUUCAGUUUUGGUAAUAAUAAAAUAGCAUUUUUUUUCCUUUUUUAUUUAAAGUUUAUUUAUGCACCACAUAUAAUUAACCAGUUGUACAGUUGUAAUAUUAUUACAUAAUUGUGCAUGGACACACUUUUGUGAUAUGAAACAGUUGACUCAGCAUUUGAGGACAUGAACAGCUGUGUCUGACCUUUAUACACUCUUUUUCAAAACAUCAGCUUUACAUCUGUUUCUCACACUGUGAUCUCUUACCAGUUACUUGACAGUUAUAGUCAUACACUGCAUUGCACUGAACUGUACAGUAUGCCUACUCACACAUAAUGGUAUGCAUUUUUAGAAACAAUUUUUUUUUCACAGGUAUCAGUGACUUUUCUUAUCAGCUCCUUUAACAAAGGGUCCCAUAUGUACAGGACAGGGGGCCAUUGUCUGUAUUGCCAGCAUAACACAACAGCUAGUUUUUUAAUGUGUUGUCAAUUUUGUUUUAUCGCUGACCAUUAUAUUAAAGGAUCAGUUCACUUAAAUCACAAAA